GGGAUGCGAGACUGAUAUCCAGACAUUACUUAAAGGCUUAACAAAUAUUUUGAUUCACAUUUAUUAAGCAAGUUAUUAAAAAGUUUUUUGUAUAACAAUGAAAGCUAUCAUCUUCGCAUUGGUGUGCGUGGCCGCACUCGUAUGUGCUGUAGCGGCCGACUACCGGUCCACCGUGAUACUAGGACGCGUGCAACCGCUAAUCCGCGAGUACGAGGGCCACUACACCCGGUACAGGAGCACAAACGCCCGGUUGGCCCAGCGAUUGAACAACGAGCUGACCCAAUUGCGUACACUGGAGCGCGACCUGAACCGGGCCAGUCGUAACCUGGACUUCAAGGCUUACAACGCCUACGAGCGCCGCUAUCAGCGCCACCAACAGAGACUUAGGGAACUGUUGAGCACAUAGAGUGACCACUUGUCAUGAUUUGUUAAAACACGUG